AUGGAGAAAGCUGCAUGGGGCACACUGGUGUGGUGCUACGGUGGUGAUACAUUAGUUAAAAAGGUGAAGCUUCAAUCUUUAUGUAAGCAGUAUAAGAAUCUUAACAUGAAGAACAAUGAAAAGGAUCUCAACACCAUGAGAAUAGAAGAGCUACAAAGAAGUCUAGAGGCGCAAGAGUUGUGGCUGACUGAAAGAACCUCUAAGAGAGAGGUAGAGCAGGCUCUGAAAGCUUCUUUUGUUAAGAAAGACCAAAAGCAGUCUUGGUCAGAAGCCAAGAAAAGACAUGGUAGGUCUCAUAAGUCAGAAACCUCAGCUUCUGGGAGUCAUAAGGCAAAUGAGAAGUAUGACAAGAGAAAAGUUCAAUGUUACUGUUGUAAUAGGUUUGGCCACUUUGCUAAGGACUGUUGGUCAAACAACAAAAGGAAGUCAGAAGAAGAAAACAUAGCCAGAGGAGAUUUUGAUGAUGAACCUGAAGAAGAUUCAGAAUAUGAAGGUUCUGAAGAAGAGUCAGAAUCUAAGGGUUCUGAAGUUAAGUCAGAGUCAGAAGAUGACUCUGAAGCUGAAGGAGAAGUUGCCUCUGAAAAGGAUUCUGCCUCUGAAGGUGAUUUAGAAUUAGAAAAUAAGUUUGAAGGUGACUCUGAAGAUGAAGAAGACUUUAAAGGCGAGUCAGACUCUGAAGGUGUAUCUGAUUCUGAUCCAUAUUCUAAUGAUGAUCCAGAAUCGGGAGGUGAUCCAAUAUCUGGAAAUGGAGCUUAUGGAGGUGGAACUUCUGAAGAUAUUGAUUAUGAUUCUGAAGAUGAGUUAUAG